UAAAGUCGGAUCUGGUCCACUUCAUUCAUUACCCUGGCAGCAUCGCCAGGAGCUGCGCGGCCAGCCUUUGCGCAAGAGGGUUUUGCAAAUAAAUUCCCUCGGGACCUUCGGCUGCCUGUGCGAUGCCGAGGGUGCUGCGGGAUGUCGGGGCCGCCCUCGCCUGCCUCCAGCUCCUGCUGCUUCUUGCCGGCGUGGAGCUGAGGCCCCACACGUGGGAUGAGGACAGGCUCCAGCUGGAAGCCAUCAAAAAGGGGAUCCUGGAGCGGUUGGGGAUGCCCGCUCCCCCCGUGAUCCGGCACCGGCUGGACCAGGAGAGCAUCCGGAGAGCGCAGCGGCUGUACCGGCAGAAAGUGGCAGAGCUGAUGAGGAACCGGACCAGGGAGGAGGAGGAGGGAGCCGUACCCGGGACCAGGCGCCUGCAUCGCCUCACCCCCACGUUGCUGCGCUGGCCGGACAUCCCCGAGGGACACCGGGACCCCCAGGGAGACCAGGACCCCAGUGGCCCCUACCACUACCGUCUCAUCGUCUCCCGCACCGAGGCUUUCCACCAGCAGAUCCAGGUAGUGCAGGCAGAGCUGAAGCUCUUCAAGCAACCACCGGAAUCCCCCGGCAUGUCCCCGCUCGCCGCCUGGGUGCCCCCCCAGGUCAGCAUCUACACACUAUGGGGGUCUCACGGGACCCCCCAGCUCCUGCACAGCCAAGAGCUGGACCGCGACGCCCCAAGCCUGGACCUGACAGCGGCCGUCCGGCUCUGGGCUGCCGGUCCCGAGGACACGCUGCGCCUGGAGCUGAGCUUCACAGCCAAUGUCUCAACCUCAUUGGCCACCUCAGCGGUGCUGGAGGUGGAAACCCAUGAGAGCACAGGUCGGGGGGCCAGGAGAGCCCGGGGGCUGGAGGAGGAGUGCGGGAAGAGCGAUGGGAAGUGUUGCCUCAAGUCGCUCAAGGUCUCCUUCCAGGACAUCGGCUGGUCGGACUGGGUCAUCGCCCCCAACAGCUACUACAUGAGGUUCUGUGAAGGUUCCUGUCCCCACAACUACAAGCCGGCCAGCAUGCAUGCCCAGAUCAAAGCCCGUAUGCACUCCCUCUCCAAAGCCACCCCGCCGCCCUGCUGCGUCCCCGCUGGCUACGACCCCAUGGUGCUGAUGCACUACGACGAUGAGGGCAGGCUGGUCUCCACCCUCUUCGAGGACAUGCUGGUCACCAAGUGCCACUGCGCCUGAUGGCAUCGCCUCCGGCUCGGACCGGCACCCAUCACCCCCCGGAUGGGGCAGAGCCUGCCCACCUCCCAGCAGCUCCGGCACCCCAAAAACCGGAGCUCACGUCACGAAAUGCCUCCAUGCUGGCUCAGCCCUGGGUCUGGCCCGCCCGACAGAUGGGAUCCCUCAGGGGUCUCUGGUUGUGAGCACCCCCCUCCACGAUAACUUAUUCCCCCCUGUCUUUCCUUAUUUAAAACCGUAUUUUAUUUGGUAGGUGGAUCCUUUCCCCAAACGGACCGGUGAUGGGUCUGUCCAUGGGCAGCCACAGCCCUCCCCAUGUCUGAGCAUCAUCUCUUCUCUCCUUAGAGACUUAUUUAUACGACCCUCUUAUUUAUUUCUAACUUAUUGUAUUUUAUAGCAAAAUACCUUUUUUCGGGAAGGUUUGUUGGUUGGGUGUUGUGGUUUUUUUGGUGUAUUUGUACUUUAUAUAUUUCUAUAAAACAGAAAUACUGUAAUAAUGUAAUUGAAAUAAAUGAUGGGAACGGGGAUGCUGGUUGCUCCUCCCGCACAACCAGGUGGGUGUCUCCGAUGGCACGGGGUGAGCAGGGACCAAAGUCCCACCACCGGUCCUCUUCACCCAGGGGGUCCCUCAGCCCCCCUCCGCAGGCGACUGGCCCGGAGCUGACUCCGUACGGAUUUGCCGGUAAAUCCUGA